ACUGAAUAUAAAUACUGUUACGAUUUAGUUUUACACUACGUUCUACACUACCUUAAUAAAGACUUGAAGGAAAAGAAGUGAGAAUGCGAUUUACACGAUGAUCUGUGGUUUAUUGAAUUUGGCCGAGGGAAAAGCAUACCGCUUACUCCAGAAUACUCAAAUUCGGAACUCUCCAAAGAUCUAUCCGCCGCAGAUCGUGUAAUCGUGGACAAAGCUAACCGAAAAAUGCGCCGAGGAGAGUCCUACGAUCACUGUCAAUCGUUCGACGACAAAAAGUUUGUUAUCGAUAAGAACGGCCGAAUUUGCGAGCGUAAGAAGAAGGGCCGCCUGUACAGCCUGGGCGGCAAUGAUCCCCCGCGAAAGUGUAAUAGAGGCCGGCUGGACCGGCUGAAAACCGUGGGAACGUUCGAUAUCACAAACGAAAUCUCGCGGCUCAGCCAGAAGACGGUUAAUCUGAAUGAGCGAAUUAUCGGUAAUCAACUUUUUGCACGAACCAUUGACGAAACAACUACCAGUGCCAUCGGUAGCGCAGCCGGCAGUAUCGGGGCCGGAUUGGUACCCUUCAUAGCAACAACCGCUUUUGGACCGGUGAUCAAUCCGGCAAACGGUAUGGCCGACAAACCCCACCCCAUCGGAAGCAUUCGAUCCAUCAACGGACCGACGCUAACUAAACAGAAUACAGAAAUCAUACACCUUUCGCCUCAUCAUCAUCUAACACUGAAUCAUCCGCUGAUACUGCAUCCGAUGCAACAUCAGCAACUGAAAGCUGCAAAAAGCCGAAGCCUAAGUACGGGUUCCUACAUUACUAAAGAAUCGAGUGUUCAUUCUAGCGUAGAGAUUAUCAAAUCCAAUAGCAAUGCUGACCUGAACGACAACACGCAAAAGACGAUCGAUACUAUUCCGAAGAACAAAUCACUAGAAGAUAGCAGAACAUUGAGGCUGAACGCGUCACGUUCCCCGUUGCGCAAACCGAUACUGCGCAAAUCCAAGAAAAUAGUCCGCACCGAUUCGGAAUUCCUUAAAGGAAACAUCUACGAGAAAGAAUCGAGUCUUUCCAGCUCACAAUACACUCCAACGCACGAGAGAAGGCGUGAAUUUGCCGACCAUCGCAGCAGCAACCCAUCCUCGGAAACGCACAAAUCGACCGACGAAAGUUCGAAAAACAUUUCAACGGACGAAAUCGACACAGUCUUUUCCGACACCAUGGAGCUUGAACAGAUGGAAGCAGACUACAAGAUGCACCUGCGGAACAACCUACAGCGUGAAUACAAGAGCGAUAGCGAUACGCUCGACGAGAUCGGUAAAAAACAACCCGACUACAACACAUGGAAAAACCAAAGCUACGAAAACACGUUUGAUAUUUUUGAAGAAAAAGAACAGGAAGGCGAUGAUAGUGAAAGUUCGCCUAAAGAUGCAACAGCAAAGACUGAAGAAAGCACCGAUGAAGUAGACGGAGAGAAAAGUGCCGAUAUUAGUGAAACACCUAAAACAAGUGAAAGCAAUAUUAAAACCAAACGAACACUGGAACGGCCCAAAGAUCUGGAGCUUGGGACAUCGUCCGAUGGCAGCAAAAAUCCCUCUACCGAAGGACCGUUUGGACAUAUUUUUGAGAAGAAUCUUGGGCGAUUCAAGAAAAUGAACAAACUCCUGAAGUGCAAACGUUUCAGUACUUCAGCACUCUAUGACAAGAAAAGUAAACCUAAUUUCAAGGACCCCAUUACCUUUGAAGAUAAAUCGUCACCUGUACCAAAACCGGUUACUGAAACAGCGCAAUCCCCAGCAAAAUCCAAUCAUUCACAGUCCAAAGCAUCGAUAUGUUCAUCGAAAUCUUCUCUCUUCGGUAACAAGAAAAGUAACGUGCCUGCACAAAAAGGCAAGAAGUUUUCGUUUUUCAGUAACGCAUCCAAUGAAAAAGGUAAAACAUCGCCGAGCAAAUCAAAAUCCAACAGUGAAAUCAGUUACUUUCGAACAAAAUCCACUAAGGGCUCUAAAAAAUCGCUCAAAAACAACAGUACCGCUUGUUUGAACCUGGAAACCACCUGCACUUCGCCACUGUCCGAAGCAUUUUACAACACAACUGGAAGCGUACGACUCAGUGCGAUAGAACUGUACGAAAAGUUCUGUUCGCAGGACUUCAGCGGACUGUACAAACAUGAAGCGAUACGCAGUGACAUUGGUGACGACGAGAGUGGGACAGAUUCCGGACAGUACGAUCCCAACCGCAGUCUGGGGGCAAUACGCAAGAACAGACGGAAAAACUUCAAGCUGCUUCGACAGAAGAGCGAGCCCAAGUUUUCCUUCCGAUCGGAUACGUUGUACGAGAACGAGGACAGCUACGAAGAAUCGGGCUACCCGGAUGAGCAUCCGAAGGUGGUUUAUGAACCGGAGGAUUAUAAUCAGUUUUUGUACGAUGAGCAAUACUACGAGGAGGAUAUCGAGAAUUUGAGUAUAGAAAACAUUUACUACCGGGGGAAUCUGGUGAACGAAGAUGGAACAAUUGUAGAAGCUUAUCAGUAUCAGAUCGAUGGCUACGAGGACGAGUACGUUGAAGAGGAAGAAGACGAGGAGGAUGAUGGAGACGAAGAUGAAAAUGGAACACCAUGUAAUCGGAUGCUGGAGAUAGUGGACAGUGAAUUGGAACCUCCUCUGAUCGACAUGGCCACUUCGGCGGAUUCGGAUUGCGAUGAAAUAUAUCUGAUGCCACAGAACGAAUCUAAAAAACUGAUCAUUCACGAUUUUCUUUUCCACCAUCGCAAUGACGAAUUUGAUCAUGUUGAUGCGGACUAUACAGCUUCCGAGGAGAGUUUGAACGCUCUGGAUCGAGUCAAAGAUCAAGAUACGUUGACUAUCUAUAAAAUAUGCUCCAAGGAAAGUAUUCUAAGCUCGAAAGGUGAAUUGGACAAUAUUCCGUUAAGUUCUUCGCUGGACCAGUGCUUUUUCCAAUCGAACUGUUGCACGGCACUUGAGAGAACGGCCUCUCUAGAGUUGCUGAGUAAUUCGAGUGGAACUCUCAACAAAUCAACGUUAACAGACUACGCUUUUGAUACGGUCAAGAAUGUCAAUCUAGAUAGUUGCAGCACGUCUCGAUUGAGUUUAUCUUUGAAGAGUGAAAUAUUCGAAGAAACACUGGCCAAUGCUGCACACGACGGGUCCGGUGAAAUUAAACAGAUAAAAAACUGGAACAUAGAAGACUUUACUCUGACCCCGGAGGGCUCGUUCUCCGAUGAAACCAUGGAUGAGCUGUGGAAGAGUCAUUUGGGUGACGAAAUCGAAUGUAAUAAUGCGCCAAGUGAGGCGAAAACUGAAGAAGGUACGGUCGUAGAACUACCGGAUCAACCAGCAACCAGUGAGUAUACAAUCAUCGAUCUUGACGAAGAACCCUACUUGCUGGAUCCAGCGAUAUCGGAGUUUACCAAUGAAAUUACCAAGGAGUUUGAUCUAUUGUUCUCGCGAGCCGAGACCGAGUCGCGCGCCGUCAGCUACUCGGGAAGUCCCGCCUACGAAACGAAGAACGAGGACAAUCAACCGGAUCCGUUGGCAAAUCGAACACCGGUACCGAUCGAGUUGCCAACCCGUUACUCGAUGCAGCGGCUCGAGCCCAUCAACCUCGAUGCUGAUGAAAUCAAAAUAACAAGACAUGCCGAGGACCAACUCAAAACGCAACACGAUAGUGCCAAAGAAGUAGCUGUAGAUAAACAAUGUAGUAGAGUAGAUAAUUGCAAUCCCCUGGAGGAGGAAAACCGGAAGAAGACGACAACUAGCUCAACAACGGUGCUGGCGACCAGUAGCAGCGGUCGAUUGCGGAAGGCCCGCAGUCAGUCGCUCGGCAAUUUGAAGAACAAAACCAAAUGUUUUCCAUUAUAGAACAUAAGAAAAGCUGUAAUUAGUUGACUAGCGGUGUAGGGCAUGUGUAAAUGUGUUCAUGUAUGUGUGUUGGAAAGAUGGUGUCGGUCUUGUGUUUCGUCAGCAAAUAAUCAUUUUUUCGUUCGUUGUUGGUGUGAGAUUGUAAAUCGUUAGCCGUAAAACCGUAAUUACUAUAGAGAUAUCGGAAGCAAAUAUUUAACAUACAUACAGUCGAUGUAAUGAACACCGAUUUCGAUAGACGUUGUGGACCUGCCAAAUUUAGCCUGAUUGAUUUUUCCGCUGACUUUCUGACAAACAUAAUACCAACACCCACGAAAUUUGGGCCUGGUUUGGCAGAUGGAGUGAGCGUAUCUGAGCCACAUGUGUAGUUUAGUGCGUACAACUGAAUUGGACUUUUCGUAUCGAAGUUAGUAGGAUGACCUUUUUUAUACGUUGAACAAGUUCACUCCACAGCGAUAUUUAAGAGAAACAAAAACUAAUCCUUCAUUUGAACGACUUGUAUAGAUUCAUCAAGAAACCAAGGCUCAUUGGAACCCAAAACCAUACCACUAUCGUUAACGACAAACCAAAACAAAACGUGUAAAUUAUUACCAAGAAAAGAUGACAUGUUCUAAAUUUAAAUAGCUAAACCAAAUUGAAAGAAUGUGUGGAACACUUCUUUGGAUCCCUAAUUUUAAGCUAAUUGUAGUGAAUCGUUAAACAACUCCUCAUAUAACGGCGACCGCGCAUUAAAUUCCUCUACAUAUAUAAAAGAAAUAAAAAAAAAACGUUCACUCACACAUGAAACGGAUACACCCUUACAUACUUAUAAAUAGGUAAAAGGUACAUUUAUAUAUAUUCCAUUCGUUGAUUACUAUAUAUUUUUGAAAGAGAAGUUUAUUGUGUAUCAGUGAGAAACGGAACAGUUUAUCUUGAACUAAAUCAAUUUUAUUGGGCUACAAUAGAGUUCUAAUAGGAAAAAAUGAAUUGAAGAUUUUUAAGAUAACAAUGGUAGAUAAAAUUAAAUAAAAAAAAACCAAAGUGUGAUACAAUGAGAAAGUCGUGGUUAAUUGUUGUAAUAAUAAAAUAUGUCUUGAAAAGGCGAUACUUAUUAAUUUGUUGGAUGUUAUAUUUAUAACCAAAAAAAAUGGACUCGGUGUUGUUUGCAUCUUUCAAUUCAUACGUCAUACUUCUAUUUUUAACAAAUUAAAACAAACCUCGGAAAGCAAGUUAACUUUUAUAUUAUCUAAGAGAAUAUUCCAUAUUUUUAUACAAAUCGCUUUGAAACAAAUUCUACACUUAUUCAACUUAUCCUUUCCAGCAAAUCUUGUAGUUUUCAAAACGGUAAGCAGGAAAUUUUAUACGCGAUAUACAUUUUAAGCUAGCAAAUCACAACGUAGUUUUCUCCUUCAAUAUGGCCUUACAUUGAAAAAAAAUCGAGGACUUCAGAAUAAAAUAAAUCACCUUUAUUUCCGACACACCAACUCUGCACUUCUCGAGUCGACCAAACUUUUAAAUCAGAACUAUCAAUCAAUAACGUCUGAAUUUCAUGCUUACAAUAAAUCCAUUCUCAGAUUCAAACACAAGCUUUUCUACCGAACAGAUUUUUCUAUCGCUAUAAUCACACUACCUAACAACAUCAAAAAUAAAUUCAAAACUUCAAAAGCCGUAGUUUCUAUAGAGUCGACAAUCUCGAAAACAUUUUAACCAAAAAAAAAAGAAACAUUUCGGUUCCAAAUCUCAAGGGCAAACACCACUGAGUCAUAUAAUCCACCAUUAUUGUUGUCAAUAAUUGUCACUUAACGUUUUUAUACCAACAAAAUAAAAUCACAAACCUUACAAUGGCAGUGAACGAUGAGAGUAGUUAGUAACAACAACCCAGUUGCCUAUUGUAUAAAACUAUGAGUUUUAUGUCCAUCUAUAGAACUUGAUACUGAAAAAAAACGGAAAUUUAAUAACCUUUCGGUGUAUGUGGCUCAUAUUCCAGAGAAAAAAAAACAGAACAUCAUAGAGAAGAAACAAAGAUGGUGGACGCUUUUAUGGAUUAUGGAAACCACGUGAAAUUCCCUUCUUCUAUGGGUAUGUUUAUUCGAUUGGAAAAAAAGAUCAAACACCCAUUAGUGUGAUUUGUAACGUUUGAUGUAAAACUUUACAUAAUACUUAUAAGCUCCCAAUCGAAUGCAGUAAACAGAGGAACAUAUUACAUUACUUAUAUAUGAUUGUUGUUGAAUGUGUUAUAUUUCCUUUGAAAUCUAAUCUCUCCGUUAUUCCCACCUCUUAAAUAUGCAAUCAAACCAUUUGUUUUAAAUGUUUACUAUUAGUUUCCAAGCGUUCAAUUUUGACAAAAACACGUUAUAAAACAAUCGAGGGCUAUUUUCAAUAAAUAUCUACAGCAACAAACAUCCAUAGAACAUACUAUGCUCCGAAUGAAAAAAAAAAUUAAUUGAAACCUACCAAACAAACAGAGCAGAACACUCAAAUUGCCAAAACUUUUCCCCGAACCCAUUGCCAACUCUAACGUCCAAACGACGACCACGUGGGCAAAAUUAGACAGACAACCAACAGAAAAAAUUUGAACGGAUUGUCGUAACGUUAUGGACAUAUCGGAAUUUUGCAUUAUUGAUUUUUUUUUCUUUCUUUACUUCUCGUAAAAUUCAAAUCUGACCUAUCCACCCAUAGGAACCGUUGAUUAUCUAGAAGAAGAAACAAACUGCGUAGAGUAAAACAUACAUAAACACUUGACAAGAAAGAUUCCUUUUGUUACAUUUAUAUUUAAGGUAAAUGAAUAUUUUUAUAGCAAAUACAAACAGUACAUCAACCAC